UAUAUUCACCUACCAAAAACAAUCUCUCUUUUUUUGGCAUCAAUUAUGGACCCUACGCCUACCCUUUAGCAACGGCUCAAUGCUAACGUCUCUCCACCAAAACUCUGUUUCAUAAUCACCAAAAUUUUCUCCCUCUGUUUCCUCUGCAUAUCAGUUUUUCAGUUUCAGCCUCCACCAACCCAAAACAACAUCCAACACCCUAAAUACGGGUGGAACAUUGUCGUCUCCCUCCCCCGAUUCUGCUUCUUCUCUUUUUCUCCCUUUGAUUUUUCCCUUUUCUACCAUAACUCUGCUUUAAUCGGACCGAUUGAGCAAUCUCUCUUCCAACCCCAUUUUGAUUCUGCUCCCAAGGAGAUGGCUUUCCAUUUCCCUGUCCUUGUUCUUCAUUGAUGUUGCUUGUCCUUUACCUUCAGAAUCGUUAAUCAAUGGCUUCUUCUCAGAUUGAGGUUGUUGCUUCCUCCCCUUUCGGGUCCGUUCUCAGGGACCGUAACCGCCGAGACCGCUGUCGGGAAAGUAACGUUAGAGCCGCGCAGGCAGCUUUUGAGAAGAAUCUCAAAGACUUGGUCAGGGAUCAUCUCAACACCUGCAUUUCUAUCUCCGAUCAAAAUUCCGAGAAUCAAAACGCUUGCAUUGAUUCCUGGAUCGCUAAUGGUCACAGAAACACCAACCGUCGAAAUUCCCACAAUCGUAACAGGAGCACCCAAAGGGACGCUCAUGUUGGGCAGUCCCAGUCCCGUAUCAUUGAUCGAUUGGCUGCCAGGCAGGCUCGAGAAAUAGUUUCCACCACUGAGAAACAAGCACAGGAGGCUGAGAUAUUGCUUUCUUCGAAUACAACUGCUGCCUUGACUUCUACGCCACCUCAUUCUAAUGCGUCAUCUCCAACCCGAUCGGAGACUUCCCGUGCUUCAUCUCUUGUUCAGAUAUGGGAGGCACGUCUGAACCGAACAGUGUCAGGAGGCAAUCCUAUGAACUUGAACCAGUGCCAGACCAGCAGGACAAGCUCCGGAUUGAGCUCCCUUGAGAAUUCACCCCCACAUCCCGUUAUGGAACCCUCACCCCCACACCCUGUUAUGGAACCCUCACAAAACUCUGAAUUAUAUGAGUCUACAGACGAACGAAUGGACAUCCAGAGUAACAAUGAGGACAGUUUUCCGGAUUGGGAAUCACAGUCUGAUAGAACGGUACUUAGUGAAGCUCCUUCUUUGAUAAAUGGAGAGAGGGAAAGAGUCAGAGUUGCAGAUAUCAUCAAAAGAUUGAUUAAUGGUAGUGAAGAUGGCAUUGUUCAGGAGCAGGGUAAUAAUGUGAGUGAUCAAUCACCACCUAGGAAGCGCAGGCAUAUUCGAAUACCGGAGAAAGCAGAGCAGGGAGGCUUUGUACAGGUUUUGUGUUCACCCCGGCUAAGAGGCAGACAGGCAUUCCAUGAUUUUCUUAUGCAUAUGGAACGAGAAAGGCAAAAGGAGCUAGAAUCUCUUGCUGAACGCCAAGCAGUCUCCAAAUUCCCACAGCGUGGCCGCAUUCAGUCAAUGCUCCGGUUGAGAUGCCUGCAGCGUGGCCUGGCAAUUUCACUUUCAUCAGGAGCUGAAGAGAAUAGAAACCGUCCCAAAUCAGCAGGAGCUGAAGCCAAAGAGUUACCACAGGGGUCUACCAUCAUGCAACUUAGGGAGAAAUUUAACACAAGCAAAGAGCAUGUCAUGACAGCCCCAAGCCAUGUAGCCUCUGCAAGACACUAUCGCCUGGAGACGGUAAACAGCACCCUACGCUCAGACAUUCCUUCCACUUCCAACCCACCUAGUGAAGAAGGGCAGCCAAGUACAUUGCCAAGGCAGCCUCCUGUUGCUCCAUUGCCUGAAAAAAGUCAUCCUGAUGGAGAUCAGACAACAUUGCCAAAAAGGCAUACAGUGCCCCCUUCAAAUGAAGAGAGUUAUCCUAAAAAAAUGUCUUCGACCAGGCAUCAAAUUAAAUUGCCAGAAUUUCCAGAAAAGCAUUCAGUGGAAAAUAAAAAAGAAUGUGUUGUUGAGCAAAGGAAACCACAUUUACAUGUUGCAUUCCAGACAACCAGCUUGGAGGCUACAAAUCUUGACUCCCAAAAAACAACAGAAGCCUCAACUUCCUUGAAUGGUCAAGAAGAGAAUCAGAUAGCCAGAGAACAAGAUGCUCCAAGCCAGCAGCAUCUCAAUCUUGUCUCACAACCAACUGUAGAAAGAGAAACAGUAGCAUCUUCCGAUGGUCUAGCUUGGAACAAUGAGAUGGCUGAAGAAAGAGAUGCUGAUAACCAGCAGCAUCCCUAUCUUGACUCUCAAGAAAUUGUGGAGACAACAACAUCCUUCAAUGAUUGGGAUGAGAAUGAGAUGGCAGAAGACGAGGAUGACUACUACCAGCAGUAUUUAGUACAAGCAAAUUAUAACUGGUUUAGUGAUAUCACUAGGCCAAGAAGUUACUGGGAGAAUCGCAGGCAAGCAUGGUAUCAGGAGGUGCUUAACACCACUUCAGAAGAUGAGGAGAUACGUCAACUUCUUGAAAGAAGAAGGGUGUCAACUUUUCUUUCAAGUGAUUUCCGAGACAAAAUGGAUCGGCUUGUGUUGUCUCGUGUAGAAAUGCAAGCAAAGCAGGGGGAAAGUCAAGAAGAUGAGCCUGAUGGAGAAGAAAGAUUACAUCAAGUGAUGUCUUACUUAAGGAGACAUUUGCAUGAUUCAGGUAGUCAAGGAGGAGAAGAGAGAGAUGAAGUUGAAGAAGAAGAAGAUGAGGACGAGGAAGAGGACGAGGAUGAGGAGGAAGAAGAGGAACAAGAACAAGAAGGUGGAAGCAUAAUUAGUCACCAAUCUCAUGAAGCCACUGAAUAUUGUGAUCAAUCCUUACCAUCCAUACUGCCUCCACCAUCUCUAUUGAUGUCAUGGGGCUAUCAAGAUGAUAAUGAAACCGGCAAUGAUUCUGAUAGGGUUCCAUCCAGAUCUUCACCUGGCCGUCCGCCAUCACAAGCUCAAUCUUUUCAGGGCAGUCAACUGUCAUCCUCAAAUAGGCCUUCACUGGAAAUGGAACUCAUAUGCGACUUAAGAGGAAACAUGGAGCUACUUCACCGUGAGAUGGCUGAGCUAAGGAAAUCGAUUCUGAGCUGCAUGGAUAUGCAGAUGAAAUUGCAACAGUCCUUUUAUCCGGAGGUUAAGUCAGUUAUUACAGUUGGAGGGCAAGGGAAAAAUCAACCAAAUAGAGCACUCUUGAAGCGUACUUGUUGUAUUUGCUAUGAAGUGCAGGUGGACUCACUUCUGUACAGAUGCGGGCAUAUGUGCACCUGUCUCAAAUGUGCCCAAGAAUUGCAAUGGAGUAGUGGAAAAUGCCCAAUAUGUCGUGCUCCUAUAGUAGAUGUUGUGCGGGCAUAUGUGGAAUCAUAGAAUACCAGUGAACGAGUUCUUGCUCCAGAGGACCGGCUCUGCAUGCAUACAAGUUAACUUCAUGAACCUUUAAUAGGAACGUGGAUACUUAUUAACCAUUCUUUCUAUUUCCUAUUCCGUGCUCUCUAGUUUAUAUACUGCUCAUCUAAUUUAACAGCUUACAUGCUUUCUCUUUAGUACAUAUACUUCUGUAUGUGUUUUUCAGGGAGAAAUUACAUUCAAAGCACCUUAUACUUUUCUUUCAGUUUUUUUUUUUUCCUCUCCUGUGUUGAAUCUUCUGUGCAUUGGCUCAGCUAUGCACUUCCUGUAAAUAGUAUCUCAUGUCACAUUCAAAAAUGAUAUAGUUUUUUUUCUUUAUGAAGUUAUCUGAUUAUUUUGUUUCUAAGGAGACUUGUAUUCUCUCAAUGGUACCUGGAUACAAUCACUAAGCAAGAAUGAUGAAUGGGAAACCAUUAACACUUGAAGAGUUCGAGAUUCAAACAUUAAGUUCUUCACACCUCAGGAUAUGAUGACACAAGCACGUUAAGCAAGGGUUUCUCCUUCUGAUAUGUGUUACUUUGUAUAAUCCAUUUAAUACAAAGGAAUCAGAAGUACUCUUAAGUUUGUAAUAUUCAGCUUCUGCCUUCUGCCCCACAAAAUGAUGAUAAUGAUGGACCAUACACCUGGGUCCUGGUCCAUUGAACACUUAUUGCUUAUUGGGUCCAAAUCAAUACUGAACAUAUAA